UCGAGGGGGUGGGGACCCCAGGGCUGGACACACCCCACCGUGGCCCCAGAGCCCAGCUGGUCAGACGGACGCACGAUCGGAUGCAAGACCUGGAUCCCUGAGGUGGGCAGUGUGCCAGGGUCCCUCACAGCCUCCUCAAGCCCCAUGCAGGCUAUGGGCAUCAAGACAGCACUGCCCGUGUUGGAGCUGGGUCUGUACUCACUGGUGCUGAGUGGCGCUCUGGCCUAUGCUGCCUGGGGCCUCCUUGAGGCUUCACAAGAUGGGGCCCACAGGAAGGCCUUCAGGGAGUCUGUGCAACCGGGCUGGGAGUACAUCGGCCGCAAGAUGGAUGUGGCUGACUUCGAGUGGGUGAUGUGGUUCACCUCCUUCCGCAACAUCAUUGUCUUUGCCCUCUCUGGACACGUGCUGUUUGCUAAACUCUGCACAAUGGCUGCCCCCCAGCUCCGCUGCUGGAUGUAUGCUGUAUACGGGGCCUUGACAGUGGUGGGCACAAUGGGCCCUUGGUACCUGCUGCUGCUGCUUGGCCACUGUGUCAGCCUCUACAUGGCCUCACUCUUGGGCCAGUCCUGGCUCUGUCUGGGCCUCGGCCUGGCUAGCCUUGCCUCCUUCAAGCUGGACCCGCUGAUCUCCUGGCAGAACGGGUUUGUAACAGGCACUUUUGAUCUUCAAGAGGUGCUGUUUCACGGGGGCAGCAGCUUCACAGUGCUGCGUUGCACCAGCUUUGCACUGGAGAACUGUGCACACCCUGGCCGCCACUACUCCCUAGCUGACCUGCUCAAGUACAACUUCUACCUGCCUUUCUUCUUCUUCGGGCCCAUCAUGACCUUUGACCGCUUCCACGCCCAGGUGAGCCAGGGGCCGCCGGCGAGGCGCGAGGGCGAGCUGUGGCGCAUCCAGGCCCAGGCGGGCCUCAGCGUUGUGGCCAUCAUGGCCGUGGACAUCUUCUUCCACUUCUUCUACAUCCUCACCAUCCCCAGUGAUCUCAAGUUCACCAGCCGCCUCCCGGACGGCGCCCUCGCCGGCCUAGCCUACUCAAACCUGGUGUACGACUGGGUGAAGGCGGCCGUCCUCUUCGGGGUCGUCAGCGCGGUGGCGCGCCUGGACCACUUGGACCCGCCCCAGCCCCCCAAGUGCAUCACAGCGCUCUAUGUCUUCGCGGAAACGCACUUUGACCGUGGCAUCAAUGACUGGCUUUGCAAGUAUGUAUAUGACCACAUCGGUGGGGAGCACUCCAAGGUGAUCCCAGAGCUGGGGGCCACCGUGGCCACAUUUGCCAUCACCACUCUGUGGCUUGGGCCUUGUGAUAUUGUUUACCUAUGGUCAUUCCUUAACUGCUUUGGCCUCAACUUUGAGCUCUGGGUACAGAAGCUGGCAGAAAUGGGGCCCCUAUCCCAAAUCGAGGCCUCUCUGUCAGAGCAGACAUCCCGCAGGGUGCGGGCCCUCUUUGGAGCCAUGAACUUCUGGGCCAUCAUCAUGUACAACCUUGUCAGCCUGAACAGCCUUGAGUUCACAGAGCUGGUUGCCAGGCGCCUGCUACUCACAGGUGAGGGGUGGGGUUGGGGGUGGAUACAGAAAGUGCCAAGCACCAACCUCAGGGCCUGUGGGCUUCGGAAAUGCAGCCCCCAACACCUCAACACCCCAGGGACUCAUCAGGGGAGCAAGACAGGUGGGGAAGGAAGUUGCUGAGGAGGGGUGCUGCUCCCAGGCAUCAAGGACCUCUU